UUACCUUCCCCUAAUCCCCCACCGCCAACCCAAGAGGCUAGUCCAGCAGCUUCAGAUGUAAAUAACGACAGCAGUAUCACGUCUUCGAAGAAGAGGAAAAUAAACCGUUCUGAAAGGGAAGACAUUGAUUCAAUCUCUUCAUCUCCUAAAACCACCAAUUCCUCAUCUUCCUCCUGCUCCUCCACUUCGCAACACAUCCAGAAGAAGUUGAGGUUCGAAGAUUCAGUAGAUUUCAUUGGACUGGAUGUGAAAAUGGCCGAGGAGUCGUCUGCAUCGUGUUCUUCUAACAAGAUGAAAACAGUUUUUUUGGCUGGGGGUGUUGGGCACCAUGCAAACGGGCUGACGAAAACGGCAGGGUCCACUACCUUCUCCAACAGCAAACCUGGCGUUGCAAAGAAACUAGUCAUCAAGAACUUCAAAGGUAGUGUGCUAUUCAAAACAGUCAAGUGAUGGAUGCAAUGAAAUGCGUGCUGUAAUCCCAUUUGGCCCUUAUAGUGAAAGUGUAUUCUAAAAUGGUGUUAAUUACUUGGCCUUGCCUAAAAUACGUGCUUUAGUCUGUCUGGCUAAUCUAUGCAAUUUUACAGUUGAAUAUGUCAUUUUAAAAUGCACAAUGAUACGCUAUACUAUUUAAAUGUCUGACAUGAUGUAGCUCAUUUUUCUGAAUAUUGUUUUUUUUUAUAGAUGUGUUAUACUGAUUCUGUGUAAAAAAAAAAACAACAACAAGUGGUACAGAUAAAAUAAUGACACACCAGAGAAUGACUGUCCUCAAACUGCUUCCCUGUCUCUCUCAUUUUCUUCACAGAAAAGCCCAAAUUGCCAGAGAACUACACACACGAGACCUGGCAAAAGCUAAAGGAGGCGGUCGAGGCCAUUCAGAACAGCAUUUCAAUCAAGUACAAUCUUGAGGAGCUCUACCAGGUACAACAAAAUACUGCACCUGCCUCAUCAGAACAGCCCUGGGUCAUGUUCAAAUACCAUUUUAUUUGUCACAUGCUUUGUAAACAACAGGUGUUGACUAACAGUGAAAUGCUUACUUACGGGUCAUUUUUCAACAAUGCAGAGUUAAAGAUAAUAAAUAGAAAUAGUGACACAAGGAAUAAAUACACAGUGAACAAAAAUGACGAGUAAAAAUAACAUAAUUUGGCACCAAACUGACUAAAUCAGGGUGAUGCAACCUGGACUUGUCCAAUGCUUGUUUUCAUUGUCCUAUGCAAAAGUUUUAUGCUCCGUGCCCUAAUGAACACUACCCUGUGUUUUGUGGUUAUUAUUAUGAUUGGCCACAGAUGGGAUGCCCUCCUCCCCUGUGAUUUUCAUGACCUUGACUUCUUAUUCAAACCCUAUGAUUUCGCAGUCCGUAAGCUAAACAGUCCUAACAUACAAGCUAUUUUUUUUCUUCAUGUCUCUAGGCCAGUAUCUUGCGAAAGAGCUUGACAAUAAUUUGCGUGAUAUGUCUGCACUAUUUAAUAGCUGUGUUGAGUAAUGGGAUGUUUAGAUUACUUGGUGUGAGUGUCUUCUGUAGGAUAUUACAUGCAUAGAUAAUCAGUGUUUUUAGCCCUAAAAUGUAAUAAACUCUAAGCACUCUCCUUUCUGUUUGUUGUUUAGGCUGUGGAGAACCUCUGCUCCCAUAAGAUAUCAGCCAAGCUCUACAAACAACUACAGGUUGUGUGUGAAGACCACAUCAAGGCACAAAUCGAUCAAUUCAGAGAAUAUCCUUUUGUGUGUGUGUAAAUAGAUGGUACUAGAAAGAUAACAUGUUUCAAUAUAUGUUUAGACACUAUUAAAUCCUUGAUUACUCAAUGUAGGCUAUUAUCAUACGUCUAAUUAUUUUGUUCAAGUAUUUACUAGGGGAUAGCUUUUGCCUUUUGAACUACAGAAACUCAAAUCAUGUCCUUAUGAAGUCUGAAAUUGAAUGCAUGUCUUUUUAAUCAUGUGUACUGAAAUGACACUGCUGCUGCUUUGUGUUAUGCAUAUGAAACCUGCUACAUCCUUGACUCUGCUCACGGAUGCACUGGACAGUACGCUCUUCCUGAAGAAAAUAGACAAGUGUUGGCAAGAUCACUGCAGACAAAUGGUAUGUCUAGGACUCUGUCCUUGAUAGGAUGUAAUUUGAUAGGUCUCAUUCAAUUAAUUUCCUAUUAAUAUGAUUGAGAUUAUAGGCCUACAUGAUUUCUUUCAUCUUUACUUUUUUUUUACAGAUCAUGAUUAGAAGUAUAUUUUUGUUCUUGGACCGCACCUAUGUUUUACAAAAUUCAAUGCUCCCAUCAGUCUGGUGAGUUUCUGUUCCUCAAAUAAACAUUCUGUAGAAAACAUUAAUAAUGUCCUAUUUCUAGCCGUAUUUGUCAAGUCAUUGGCUAUGGUUCAUAUUAAUAUCACCCCUCUUCCCUUCAGGGACAUGGGCCUGGAGUUGUUUAGGUUUUACAUUGUCAGCGACAUCAAGGUCCAGAGCAAGACCAUCGACGGCAUCCUGCUGCUCAUCGAGAGGGAGCGCAGCGGCGAGACCAUCGACCGCAGCCUGCUGCGGAGCCUAUUGAGCAUGCUUUCUGACCUGCAGGUAUGGCUCUGCCCCUUCACACAGGGCAUGGGGAAAGUCUACUCAGUGGAUAUCUUGUCCUAUUGGCCCGGUGAAUCAACCCUUAGCCCCUACCCCAGUGGUCCCCAAACUAGGGGUCGUGACCCCAUGUGGGGACGCUUGAUGAAAAUGGGGUCGCGGGAGAAUUUCCAAAAUCCUGAAGGAAAACAAUCUAUACCAAAAAAAUAUAUACUGAAUAAAAAUAUAAACGCAACUAUUUCAACAAUUUUAGCUACAGUUCAUAUAAGGAAAUUAUUCAAUUGAAAUAAAUUCAUUAGGCCCUAAUCUAUGGAUUUCACAUGACUGGGCAGGGGCGCAGCCAUUGGUGGGCCUGGGAGGGCAUAGACCCACCCACUUGGGAGCCAGGCCCAGCCAAUCCAAAUUAGUUUUUCCACACAAAAAUGCUUUAUUACAGACAGAAAUGCUUAUCCGUUUCAUCAGCUGUCUGGGUGGCUGGUCUCAGACGAUCCCGCAGGUGAAGAAGCCGUAUGUGGAGGUCUAGGGCUGGCAUGGUUACACGUGGUCUGGGGGUUGGACAUACUGCCAAAUUCUCUAAAAGACGUUGGAGACAGCUUGUGGUAGAGAAAUUAACAUGAAAUGAUCUGGCAACAGCUCUGGUGGACAUUCCUGCAGUUAGCAUGCCAAUUGCACACUCCCUCAACUUGAGCUUUUUGUGCGUAUGGAACAUUUCUGGGAUCAUUUUAUUUCAGCUCAUGAAACAUGGGACCAACACUUUACAUGUUGCAUUUUAUAUUUUUGUUCAGUAUAUAUUAUAAUGUCUUUGUAUCUCAACCAGUGACCGCACUUGACCGUUGCACUUGAAUCAUUACCACGGUGAAUGGCUAGGCCCGCUACUCUAUGAAACCACACACUAUUGCAGUGAUUUUGAUAUUACCGGCGGCAAUUGAUAUGGUGAAAACAAUGUGUUGGGAGGCACAUAAACUCAAUAUCAAUACCUAUGUCAGAUAACUGUUAAACAAAUAAUUUAUGCUAUUGCUAGCAAUCAAGAGGAAACUGACUGACUCAAACUCCCCAGGUUAUGCUCUCCAAAUGGACGUGAGGGCCAAGAUGCCCAUGCAUUGACUUUUGUUCUCUAUACAUGUCGGGGGAUGCUAUUCACGAGGACGUAUUGUUCUGUCUCAUGAUUCCUGAGCAUGAAACCGGUUAGGGGAUGUUCAGUGUGCUGCGUGGCUAAAUUGAUGGUGGGCUUUUGCACAGAUGGGGCUCCAUCUACAGGAUGGCGAGCAGGCCUCUGCACUCUAGUUAUCAAUGUGUUUCCCUCUGCCAUAUGGACACAUUGUAUGAUACACCGAAAGCAACUGGCGGCAAAAGAGCUGAACGCAGAACUCUGACAUAUACUGCAGAAGGUAACUUUGAUUAUAAACUACAUCAAACCACAUCCACUGCGUGCACGCCUGUUCGAAUAAAACUAUGGAAAUAUGGGAUCAGAGCAUGACAAUGUUCUAUUUCACACUGAGGUUUGGUGGUUAUAGAGAGGGAGUGUUGUAAAGAUUUUUUUGCAUUGACAGAGGAACUGUUGUCAUUCACAAUAGAUGUAAACAUAUAUAUAUAUAUAUAUAUAUAUAUAUAUAUAUUGUUUUAAACAGACUUUGUUGACUUUCUGUGUAAUUGAAGAAAAUAGCAGAAAACAGCAUCAGAAAGUGUCCCACAUGAGUGAUGACUGCUCACCUCCAAUGCUUGGAAGAGCACUUUGGUACCUACUUCCCAAUCCGUUUGACUGUGAUCCUGGCUCAAUUGACAUGCCGGUAAGUGAAAUCGAACAGCUGAUCGAGCUGUCCUGUGAUCGAAUGCUGCAGACACCGCGUUCACGGGUCACUACGGAGGAGUUUUGGUUCCUGACUCGAAGGGAAUACCCUGCCGUCUCCCUCUGAGCAUUAAUGCUGCGUUCAAAACAACUCUGAAAUCUUCAGUGCUUUCAAGACAACUGGGAACUCGGAAAGAAACGAGCUCAGACUGGGAAAAAUAAUUUUGAAUGGUCAUCCAACUCUGAAUUCCUAGUUGGGAACUCAGUCCUCUUUCUAGAGCUUCGACUUUCUGACCUCAAGAUCACUGACGUCAUGAUUUGACCUCACAUUUUUCAGAGUUUCCAGUUGUCUUGAAGGCACCAUAAAACUCAUGGUAGGCUACCCUUCGCCAGCUCAUAUCUGUGUGAAGCUGGAUUCAGUGCUCUCAACUGCAUUAAAACCCAAUAUCGAUCCAGGUUGGAUGUGACAGCAGAGAUGAGGUGCGCACUGUCGAUCACGCCCCCUGACUUUGAGAAACUCCGACGCAACAUGCAUCAAGCACACCCUUCUCAUUAGUGGUGGUGAGAUAAGAGAUAUUAUGUCGGACUAAUUUGCAAUUGACUGAUGGUGAGUUGGGAAGACAAUCAGAAAUACUGUUAGAAUGUUUUUCAAUUGAUUGCCGUAGCCCAAAUAAAGUAAACAUUGGCUGUUAAUGACCAAAAAAAAUGCACAUGUUUGGGGUCGUGAGAAUUUUCAGAUAUCAAAAAAGUUUGGGAACCCCUACCCCCUAAGCACUUCUGUAGAUCAGAAAGGAUUGGACAGGUUUAUGAAAUCUGUCAAAAAAUUCCCCUAGCCCAGAUGGCAAUAUGUUUCUUGCAGCUAUCAAUUUCUUCCAAUGUGCAGGGUGGCUAGGGGUUGAUCCUGCACCAUGCCAUCAUUUUUUUGGCCGUUCAAUUCAUUGUACUACUCAAUAUGUAAUACUCCCAUACAGUAAGACAAACACAGCCAAGGGCACAAGGCUCCAUCUUUCAUUGAGGAAGAUGGCUUGUUCAUAACAAAACCCUUUGAUAUUGCCAACCACUUUAAGAACGUUUUUGUUGACAAGAUUAGCACACUUAGGUAUGACAUGCAAACAACACAUGCUGAGCCUUCAUAUUCAUGCAUAAUGGACCAAAUAAUGAAAGACAAGCACUGUUGCUUUGAGUUCCACAAAGUGGGUGUGGAAGAGGUGAUUUUUGUUGUUGUUGCUAUUUAUAAGUAAGGACAAACCACCUGGUACCAAAGACCUGGAUGGUAGAUUGGUAGCGGAAUACAUUGUGACUCCUGUUUGCCACAUCUUCAGUUUAAGCCUAGAAGACAGUGUGUGUGCCCUCAGACAUGGAGGGAGGCAAAGGUCAUUCCGCUACCAAAGAAUAGCAGAGCACCCUUUAAUGGUUCAAACAGCCGACCAAUCAGCCUGUUUUAUAAGUGCUUAGCAAACUAUUGGAAAAAAUGGUGUUAGAUCAAAUACAAAGUUAUUUUACAGAAAACAAAUUAACUUUCAGCAUGCUUAUAGGGAAGGGCACUCAACAUGCUCGGCACUGACACAAAUUACUGAUGAUUGGCUGAAAGAAAUGUAUAGUAAGAAUGUGGGAGCUGUUUUGUUAGACUUCAGUGCAGCUUUUGAUGUUAUUGAUCAUAACCUAUUGCUGAAAAAACGUUGGUGUUAUGGAUUUGCAUCCUCUGCCUUAUUAUGGAUUGAGAGUUACCUAUCUAGUAGAACACAGAGGGUUUUUGUUAAUGGAAGCCCCUCUCAUGCAAAUUCAGUUGAGUGUGGUGUACCGCAGGGCAGCCGGCUAGGGCUAUUAUUGUUUUCUGUUUCUACAAAUUACCUUCCACUGACCUUGAAUAAAGCCUGUGUGUCUAUGUACGCCGACGACUCAACAGUAUACACGUCGGCUGCAACCGUAAAAUAAAUAACUGAGACACUUAACAUAGAGCUCCAGUCAGUUUUAGAAUGGGUAACUAGCAAUAGGCUGGUGCUAAAUAUCUCAAACUAAAAGCAUAAUGUUUGGGACAAAUCACUCGCGCAACGCUAAACCUUGUUUAGAGCUAUUAUUGAAUAAUGUGGCUAUUGAGCAAGUUGAGGAGACUAAACUGCUGGUUGUAACCCUAGAUAGCAAGCUUUCAUGGUCAAAACAUAGAUUCAAUGGUUGCUAAAAUGGGAAAAGGUCUGUCCAUGAUAGGGCAUUGCUCUGCCUUCUUGACAUCUCAGUCGACCAGGCAGGUCCUAGUUUUGUCGCACCUGGACUACUGCCCAGCUGUGUGGUCAUGUGCGGCAAAGAAAGACGGGUAAAUUUCAGUUGGUCCAGAACAAAGCAGCACGUAUCUCACUUAGAUGUACACAGAGGGAAAGUGAUACGAGAUCACCUUACUGCACAAAGGGGACUGUGAAGAGAGACGGCCAUUUUAUAUAUCUUGUAUUGUAAUUUCCACUGUACUAUGUAUUAUACCUAGAUAUUGUGUGUAUGUACUGAUAUGUAGGCUGUGUGUGAUGUUUUAAAUGUAUGUAGUUCAGUCCUUGACUAAUAAUGUUCUGUACUAUGUAUCAUGUUUCAUGUGGACCCCAGGAAGAGUAGCUGAUGCUUUUGCAGCGGCUAAUGAGGAUCCUAAUAAAUACCAAAUCUCCAACACUGCUGUGUCUAAGACAUCAUGGGGUGUUUGUCAGCUGUGUUAUUAGCGAUCAGCAGCAGCUGCGUCAGGGUUUGAGUUGAUGUACGAUCAGCUCCGCCACUUGAGAAAUGGCUUUAAUGACACCCAAUGUUCUCCCCUCUCCUGACAGAUUUAUCAGGACUCCUUUGAGCAGCGCUUUCUGGAGGAGACUAAUCGUCUCUAUGCCGCUGAGGGACAGAGGCUAAUGCAGGAGAGAGAGGUGAUUUAUCCCCCCCAGGCAGUGCAACACCACUGACUGUCUACUCCAAACCUCAGAGCCCUGUGUCAUGAUAUAUUAGAAUAUUCUGAGUCUGACUGGAGGCAGCAUUUUGAUAGCCUGGUCCCAGAUCUGUUUGUGCUGUACAGCCAAACAUGACAUUGUACUGCCAAAACUUGACAAUGAUCUUAGAAGUUGGCAAGGUCUGUUCUUGCUCUCUUGCCAACUCCAAUGAUCUUCAUGUUUGACAGUAAAAUGGAUUGUUUGGCUAUACAGCACAAAGAGAUCUGGGACCAGGCUAGCAUUUUGAGUCUUGAGUCAUUUUACAGUUACUAUAGUUACUGCUGGUAAAAAAAAAAAAGAUAUGUGGAGUGGUUUUACAUGGCACUAGAUGUUUGUCUGACCCUGUAAGGAUAGGUUGCUUUUUGGCUUCGUAUCCCAAAUGACUUAGCAGCUGCUUGAUGGGUUAAUCUGAUCACUUCUUGAAUGUCUCGUCAGGUCCCAGAUUAUCUCCAUCAUGUCAACAAACGCUUAGAGGAGGAAGCGGACAGAGUCAUCACGUAUCUAGACCAGAGCACACAGUGAGUAUUUUUUUGUUAGUUUGGAUUUCUAUUAGAAUACAAGGGGUUAGCCUUCCAAGAGUCCAUCAGUAUUGUUGCCCUCUGUUUUCAGUUCUAUAUUUGAAUGUUUGAUUUGCUGCUUUGGCACCGGUCUCAGCGGGAUCUACUUGUCUAAAUAUAAAUGAUGAAAAGAGAGAGAUUGAUGACUCCUCAUUUCCUCCUUUUUCUUCCCAGAAAACCUCUCAUUGCCACUGUGGAAAAGCAACUACUGGGUGAACAUCUCACUGCAACACUGCAGAAAGGUAUAUAUCAGAGACUACAGACUUACCACACUGGGGCAUUUGUUUGCUUACAAUGGGUGACAUUUUAACGAUGCUAUUGUCAUAUUCCAUGAUGAGAACAUCAAAUAUUAAAAACAAAAAGAUAUUGACUUUUUUGUUUAGUACCAUGAACUAAACGGUCACUAAGUACCUUAAACUAAACUGCUAUUUUCCAUCUCCAGGCUUGAAUCACCUGCUAGAUGAGAACAGAAUCCAGGACUUGUGUCUUCUUUAUCAGCUGUUCAGUCGGGUGAGAGGGGGCGUGCUAGUCCUCCUACAGCACUGGAUCGACUACAUCAAGGUAUGCUUGAAAACAUCAAUAGUCCGAAUCGGUAAUUUACUCUUACUAAUUAACUAUUUGGAGGUGUGGGGAUACUUACUUCCAAGUACGAAACAGCUCUGGAAUUGAAUCAUUCAUUUGUACAGUAUAUGACCUGAAGCAACCCAUGACACCUCUAACAACAUCACACAGGCCUUUGGAAGUACGAUGGUCAUUAACCCUGAGAAGGACAAGACCAUGGUACAGGAGCUGCUGGACUUCAAGGACAAGGUGGACCACAUCAUCCACGUCUGCUUCAUGAAGAAUGACAAGUUUGUCAACGCCAUGAAGGAGGCCUUCGAGACCUUCAUCAACAAGAGGACAAACAAACCUGCUGAGCUCAUUGGUUGGUAUCUCAUGAUGAUCGCUAUGGGAGACAUGAUAGCGAUGGCACUACAACGAGUGAACUGACUGAAAGAGAAGUCACCUUUUCAACUUGCCAUAGACGUUUGUGUGCAUUAUGCUCCCGUCAGUUUAAAGCUAUUAAGCUAAAAUUCUAUUCCAGGUUUUUAUAAGUAAACAAAAAUGUAAAUAAAACGACACAUGGUUAUAUUUUGUAGCAAAACACGUGGAUUGGAAGCUGAGGGCAGGAAACAAGGAGGCGACGGACGAGGAGCUGGAGAAGAUGUUGGACAAGAUCAUGAUCAUCUUCCGAUUCAUUUAUGGUAAUGUGGUCCCAUCAUAUUCAUUUAUGGUAAUGUGGUCCCAUCAUAUUCAUUUAUGGUCAUGUAGUCCCAACAUAUUAAUUUAUGGUCAUGUUGUCCCAACAUGGUAAUGUAGUCUCAACAUAUUCAGCAAAACCAUCAUCUACCUCCAGGUCCUUUUAACUUUCCUCUCCUCUGUGAGAGGUCUCUUAGAAGCCUGUUGAAAUCUCUCUUUGAACUUGAACUUUAUACUCCCCUUUUGAAUUCUUGAAUAGGAAAGGAUGUUUUUGAGGCCUUCUACAAGAAAGAUCUGGCCAAGAGGUUGCUGGUGGGAAAGAGUGCCUCGGUGGAUGCCGAGAAGUCCAUGCUGUCGAAACUGAAACAUGGUCAGUGUGUUCCCCAUCAGACCUGGGUUCAAAUAGUGUACAUUUUCUAUCAAAUGGCUGUGCUUGAUUGACUGAUGCAAUGGAAUAGUCCCAAAGGUGCUAAACCUACCCCACCCAUCUGACACUUCAGGCAGGCUCAAUCAAACUCUCUAAGUAUUUUUAGUAUUUUAUAUAUAUAUAUAUAUAUAUAUAUAUAUAUAUAUAUAUAUAUACACACACAGUGCUAUGAAAAGGUAUUUGCCCCCUUUCUAAUUUUCUCUACUUUUGCAUAUUUGUGAUACUGAAUGUUAUCAGAUCUUCAACCAAAACCAAAUAUUAGAUAAAGGGAACAUAAGUGAACAAAUAACACAACAAUUACAUAUUUAUUUCAUAAACAAAGUUAUGCAACACCCAAUUCCCCUGUGUGAAAAAGUAAUUGCCCCCUUACACUCAAUAACUGGUUGUGCCACCUUUAGCUGCAAUGACUCCAACCAAAUGCUUCCUGUAGUUGUUGAUCAGUCUCUCACGUCGCUGUGGAGGAAUUUUGGCCCACUCUUCCAUGCAGAACUGCUUUAACUCAGUGACGUGUAGGUUUUCAAGCAUGAACUGCUCGUUUCAAGUCCUGCCACAACAUCUCAAUUGGGAUUAGGUCUGGACUUUGACUAGGCCAUUCCAAAACUUCCAAUUUGUUGCUUUUUAGCAAUUUUCCUGUAGACUUGAUUUUGUGUUUUGGAUCAUUGUCUUGCUGCAUGACCCAGCUGCGCUUCAGCUUCAGCUCACAGACGGAUGGUCUGACAUUCUCCUGUAGAAUUCUCUGAUACAGAGCAGAGUUCAUGGUUCCUUCUAUUAAGGCAAGUCGUCCAGGUCCUGAGGCAGCAAAGCAUCCCCAAACCAUCACACCACCACCACCUUGCUUGACCUUUGGUAUGAUGUUCUUACUGUGGAAUGCAGAGUUUGGUUUUCGCCAGGCAUUACUGGAACCAUGUCGUCCCAAAAGUUCUACUUUUGAAUCAUCUGUCCAUAGAACGUUCUUCCAAGAGUCUUGAUGAUCAUCCAGGUGCUUUUUCGCAAACUUGAGUCAGCUUUUUGGACGAGAUGGGUCCCAUUAUGCCUGGUGAAAACCAAACACUGCAUUCCACAGUAAGAAUAUCAUACCAAAGGUCAAGCAUGGUGGUGGUGUGAUGGUUUGGGGAUGCUUUGCUGCCUCAGGACCUUCUGCAUGGAAGAGUGGGCCAAAAUUCCUCAACAGCAACGUGAGAGACUGAUCAACAACUACAGGAAGCAUUUGGUUGGAGUCAUUGCAGCUAAAGGUGGCACAACCAGUUAUUGAGUGUAAGGGAGCAAUUACUUUUUCACACAGGGGAAUUGGGUGUUGCAUAACUUUGUUUAUGAAAUGAAUAUGUAAUUGUUGUGUUAUUUGUUCCCUUUAUCUAAUAUUAGGUUUUGGUUGAAGAUCUGAUAACAUUCAGUAUCACAAAUAUGCAAAAGUAGAGAAAAUUAGAAAGGGGGCAAAUACUUUUUCAUAGCACUGUGUAUGUGUGAUAUAUACAACAACUAUGAAGCAUGUGAUACUGAAUGAGGCUAGUUACUCGUAACCUUGGUCCUUUCUUUAGAAUGUGGAGCGGCAUUCACCAGCAAGCUGGAAGGCAUGUUCAAGGACAUGGAGCUUUCCAAGGACAUCAUGGUGCAGUUCAAACAGGUACACAUGCUUUUGGAAUAGGAAUGAUCAUCAGUAAUCUCUGUUUUAGGGCAACAGUAUCAAAUACAUUACACAGUCAGCUAUCCAUAUGUAAAAAAUGGCAACUUGUAUUUGCACAAAUAACUUUUGAAUUAUUAGCCUAGAUUAGCCUUUGUCAUUAGACAAACUCAUGAUGGGUUGGUUGGUUUGUUUCUCCCUUUUCCCUAUUACAUAGUGUCAAAACCUCCCUGGUAACAUUGAGCUGACGGUGAACAUCCUCACCAUGGGAUACUGGCCCACCUACGUCCCAAUGGAGGUCCAUCUGCUCCCAGAGGUUAGUGCAAAUAUCAAACCCUUCAGGCUCCCUGUUAUUUUAUGACCUGCUAUGUAAUACAUUUGAUUUAUGUCACAAAUAGUACACUGUUCCCUUUUAUAGUGCAGUACUUUUGACCAGGGAACUAUAUAGGGAAUAUGGUGCCAUUUGGGACACAGACAUAGUCAUCGUCUAUGUUUAUUUUUUAACACUCCUUCUGGGCCAGAUGGUGCGACUGCAGGAGAUUUUCAAGACAUUUUACCUCGGCAAGCACAGCGGCAGGAAGCUACAGUGGCAGUCGACGUUAGGCCAUUGUGUUUUAAAAGCUGAAUUUAAAGAGGUACAGUAGCUAGUAAUGAUGUUUAGUCAUCUAGUAUGUUAGGCAGAAAUUCAUUGUGCUAACUUUUCCUUUUCCCAAAUAGGGCAAAAAGGAGCUUCAGGUAUCCCUGUUUCAGACACUAGUGCUGCUCAUGUUCAAUGAAGGAGAGGAAUUCACCUUGGAGGAGAUCAAGCUAGCUACAGGAAUAGGUCUGUAUGAUCACAAUGUACUCAGUCAUGACACAAAUCCUAACGGAUCAAAUAUAGCAGUCCUCUUGAGACAAUUUCAGACAUGUUGCUUAAACUGUAUCAAUUAUUAUCAAUAUCAUAUUUUCUUUUUGAUUGAAGAACCACAAGCUUUUUCCCAGUCUUUUUGGUGUGAGUUUGCGUUGACCUAAAGUAAGAUGUGUGUGCAGAGGAUGGUGAGCUGCGACGGACCCUGCAGUCGUUGGCAUGUGGCAAGGCGCGGGUCAUCCACAAAGUCCCCAAGAGCAAAGACGUGGAGGACGGAGACAAGUUCUCCUGUAACGAUGACUUCAAACACAAACUCUUUAGGAUCAAGAUCAACCAGAUCCAGAUGAAAGAAACGGUACUUUCUCUCUCUCAGCAGGGGUGAAGUCAUUAGGAGGAAAUAUUUGUAAUGUUUUUAUUGGACAGGUCCAGGUAGUCCCUGCCUGUUCCAGUUUUAGUGCAUAAUGAAUACGUCGCAAUGCUAUUCAGAUAGGAAUAUGAGUCUGUCAGGUCUAGUUCUAGCACUGACGAUUCUGAACUAUGCAUUGCCCCUUAGAGGCGGGCGUUCCCAAGUCUGCUACUCUCCACUAUAUAAUUAUAAUAUAUGCCAUUUAGCAGACUAUUUUAUCCAAAGCCACCUAGUCAUGUAUACAUUUUAGUUAUAGGUGGUCCCGGGAAUUGAACCCACUAUCCAGGCGUUGGCAGCACCAUGCCCUACCAACUGAGUUACUUCAUCAGUCUCACCCAUUGAUUCUAUCUGUACUGUCUAUAUCUAUAAAGCAAAAGAAAAUGGAAGGGGGGGGGGGGGGGGGGGGGGGGGGCGUUGAAUGUUAGCCACUCAUUGAUUUGGUAAAUUGUCCUUGGUAGGUGGAGGAGCAAGCCAGCACCACGGAACGAGUCUACCAGGACCGGCAGUAUCAGAUCGACGCUGCCAUUGUCCGGAUCAUGAAGAUGAGGAAGACUCAGAGCCAUAACCUCUUGGUGUCGGAAGUGUACAACCAACUCAAGUUCCCUGUCAAGGUGAGUGAACGAAGAACAAACAUGUUUGAAACACAUGACCUUGUGUGCCAGAAGACUACUCACUCAGAGGUGAGGUUUUCUGAAAGCUUUGUAGCGAACGUGGUACUUUAUUUACCCAGACUGACUGUCCAACAUACAUUUUGCAAUUGUUACUCAGGUCUCUGUGCGCAACCUGGUCUCAGAGCAUUUUAUAUUAUUCUGUACGUAAAUCCGACACGCCAUUUAGUAUUAUAUGUUACAUUUAGUAUGGUAUUUAUUAAUUGUGUAUGAUAUGUUCUAAAUUACAAUUCGUAUUAUAUGUUACGAAUUGGCAAAAUGUGCAGUAUGUUACGAAUUUGCUAAAUGGUAAAUGUUACGACUUUGCAAAACAUAUGAUAUAUGUUACGAAUUAUAUCUAGGUGGCUAACGUUAGCUAGCUCACUAAUGUUUGCUAGGUUAGGGUUAAGUUUAAUGGUUAGCUAAAAGGGUUAAGAUUGGGGUUAGGGGAAGUGUUAGCUAAUAUGCUAAGUAGUUGCAAAGUAGCUAAAAAGUAGUAAGUAGUUAAAGUUGCUGAUUAGCUAAAGUUGUCCAUGAUGAGAUUUGAACUUGCGACCUUUGGGUUAUACGCCCACCCAUCAGUCAGUCAAUCAAUCAAUCAAAUGUAUUUAUAAAGUCCUUUUUACAGCAGAUGUCACAAAGUGCUAUACAGAAACCCAGCCUAAAACCACCAAACAGCAAGCAAUGCAGAUGUAGAAGCACGGUGGCUAGGAAAAACUCCCUAGAAAGGCAGGAACCUAGGAAGAAACCUAGAGAGGAACCAGGUUCUGAGGGGUGGCCAGUCCUCUUCUGGCUGUGCAGGGUGGAGAUAGUACAUGGCCAUUAAGGCCAGAUUGUUCUUCAAUAUGUUCAAACGGUCAUAGAUGACCAGCAGGGUCAUUCAGAGGUCGAGACAGCAGGUGUGGUAGAGAGAGUCAAAAACAGCAGGUCCGGGACAAGGUAGCACGUCCGGUGAACAGGUCAGGGUUCCAUAGCUGCAGGUAGAACAGUUGAAACUGGAGCAGCAGCAUGACCAGGUGGACUGGGGACAGCCAGGAGUCAUCAGGCCAGGUAGUCCUGAGGCAUGGUCCUAGGGCUCAGGUCCUCCGGGAGGAGAGGGAGAGAAUUAGAGGGAGCAUACUUAAAUUCACACAGGACACAAGAUAAGACAGGAGAAUUAUAACAGACUGACGCUAGCCCCCCAGUAUAUAGACUAUUGUAGCAGAGAUACUGGAGGCUGAGACGGGGGGUAUCGGGGGACACUGUGGCCCCGUCCGACGAUACCACCGGACACCCAUCCACCCCAACCAACCACCCUCCUUUUGUUUUUGCCAUACCAAACAUAACAUAUCAAACUAAAUGGAGUGUCUCUGAUUUAUCUACAGAAUAAUAUAAAAUGCUCUGAGACCAGGUUGCUGUGUGACUUGGUUGCUGAGAGAAAGUGCCUUGUUAGCUACGAGGCUUUAGGAAAACUCGUAUGAUCCAUGUACAUUUACUAGCACUUCAAAGUGGACUGUAAUUUUGGAUAUUUUCUGUUUGCUAACACUCACUUUCUCAACAGCCUGCUGACCUAAAGAAGAGAAUAGAGUCUCUCAUUGACAGAGAUUACAUGGAGCGCGACAAGGAGAACCCCAACCAAUACAACUAUGUGGCUUAAAGAGAGAGAGAGGGAGAGGGAGACUGAGAGCAGGUGGUCCAGUCCGGCUGAAGGCUUCUCUGAGCACUCUGUCCCGUGGAUGCUCCUCUUGCUCUUCUGCCUACAUGGAUGUCAGCGUUACCCUCUUCAACCCAGCAACCGACAACUGAAUGGAUACUGCUCGGCGGGACUUUGUCAGGGGCCUGUUUUCCUGUGGACUGCAUGCCCGUUAAAGAAGAAUAUUGUCCAUUAUUUUCUCAGUGCCGCUCAGUGAGAAUUGGACUAGCUACCUUGGACAAAAAAAGACAAACCAAUGUUUGUUCUUUUUUUACAGCGAGGGGAAAAAAGUAUUUAUUUUCAAACUUAGAUCUUUGUCCAUUGUCGUUUGUUUAUGGCAUUCUGCCCUUGUUUUUUAAGUCACUAUUUUAUUUUAAUUCACUCUGUACUAUCCCAUGCAAAUGUUCAAACACCUAACAUUGGUCUUAACAUACUACACUUGGAAGAAAAGUUAAACUAAAGUAAAGCUUGUCUCCUCAAUCAAUGUUGUAUGUGAGACCCAUGGAUAAACAUUCACAGUAGGAUAUAAUUUUUCAGUGGUGGAUUUCAGUGUAAAAUGUGCACACCUGCAGCCAAGUCAUACAAUUCUCAGUAGCUAUUAGUCUCAACCUACUCCUGUUCAUUAACAGCAACAACAGCAAUCAAUGGGACGAUUGUUAAGAAGUAGCAAGGCGAUAUGAGGAAUUGACAGUACGUGCCAAAAAUAGAGCACUUCUUUUGUUAUAUGAUUUGUUAAUGCUGCUAAACAAACACUUUAACUUGUACAUGUUAUAUGCAUUUAGUUUUCCAUUUUACUUUAGCCCUGUCCGUUUCAAUGUUUUAUUUUUGUAUAGACAAGACUUUACAAAUGUAUUGAAAUUUUAGGUGCAAACUUCGACAGAGAUUAUAUACUAUUAAAAGCACAGCCACAUCAAUCCCUGUUUCCCUUCAUGUUCCCAAGUAUGAUAUCUCUUUUAAGUUACAAGCAUUAUAUUCUUUGUAAGUCCUCUCUGUAGGCCUUAUGGAAGGCCUUGUGUUUGUGGAUAGAUGGAGUUGUUUGAUAGCUCAACAGGUGAAACUGUUUAUUGAGAAAUCAUGCUUGACUGGACUUUUUGGCCCUGUCUGAAUAAAUGUUUGUUUUAUUGCUUCAGAUUAAAAUAAUUGUCAGUGUUUCCAUUUUGUUUUCCCCCUUCAUAUCUGUUAAUUUUCAGACCCCCCCCCCCCCCAAUAGAAAGGUAGUAUAUAAUAUUGGGUUACCAACCUAUCAGCUGCACAUCUUUUUAUUAGAAUAAGUUAUCCAUAUCAGAGUUUCUAAACCAUCUUUGUCCAUAUUGCCAUACAAUAUAA